AUGGAUGGAUCAGCUGGCCCUGGUGGUGGAAACGUGAACGAGUUUCUACGAAACUAUAAAAUAGGAAAAACACUUGGUAUAGGGUCCUUUGGCAAAGUGAAAAUUGCAGACCAUGUAUUGACCGGUCAAAAAGUUGCCAUAAAGAUUCUUAACCGCAGCAAGAUGAAUAUCAUGAAAAUGGAAGAAAAAGUUAGAAGAGAAAUAGAAAUUUUAAAAAUGUUCAUGCAUCAUCACGUUAUACGCCUUUAUGAGGUUGUAGAAACCUCAACAGACAUAUAUAUGGUGAUGGAAUAUGCGGAAAAUGGAGAUCUCUUUGACUACAUAGCACAAAAGGGUAGGUUGCAAGAAAACGAAGCUCGCACAUUCUUCCAGCAGAUAAUCUCUGGUGUGGAGUACUGUCACAAGACUAUGGUAGCUCAUAGAGACCUGAAACCUGAAAAUAUACUUUUGGACUCAAAAAAGAGUGUCAAAAUUGCUGAUUUUGGCUUGAGCAGCAACAUGCGUGAUGGUCACUUACUUAAUACAAGUUGUGGAAGCCCUAACUAUGCAGCUCCAGAGGUUAUCUCUGGGAAAUCUUAUGUUGGACCUGAAGUAGAUGUUUGGAGUUGUGGUAUAAUUUUAUACGCACUUCUCUGCGGCAGUCUUCCUUUUGAUGAUGUAAAUACUCCACAACUCUUCAGAAAAAUGAAGGCUGGGAUAUAUACUUUUCCAAGUCAUCUUUCUCCUGAUACUAGAGAUUUGAUAACAAGGUUGAUUGUGGUUGAUCCCAUGAAAAGGAUGACCAUACCUGAGAUGCGCCAACACCCAUGGUUCAAAGUUGGUCUGCCACGUUAUUUGGCGAUGCCACCGACAAAUACACUUCAACAGGUCAAAAAGAUUGAUGUGGACAUUCUUCAGGAGGUGGUUAAUAGGGGAUUUGACAAGAAUCAAUUGAUUGAGUCCCUUAGCAACAGGGUGCAAAAUGAGGGUACUGUAACUUACUAUUUGUUAUUGGACAAUCGUUUUUGUGUUUCCACUGGCUAUUUUGGAGCUGAAUUUCAAGAGACAAAUGAUUCUAGCUUGAACCAUAUCCACUCCGGUGAAGUUGCUUCUCCAGUUGGUGGGCACUGCUUUUCAGAGAAUAUGGAUUAUCAAGGAGUAGGAAUGAGGCACCAGUUCCCUGUUGAGAGAAAAUGGACUCUUUGCCUUAAGUCUCAAGCCCAACCUCAUGAGAUAAUGACUGAGGUCCUUAAAGCUCUGGAACAAUUGAAUGUUUAUUGGGAACAAAUUGGACCCUAUAAGAUGAAGUGCAGAAGGGAUGUUGGCAUCCUUGGUCAUCAUGGAGGAAUGGUUAACAAUUAUGUGGUCCUGUUCAAAGUGCAGUUCUCAUGGUAUAGGGGCCAUGGUAAUCUAGUGUCUGGGUCAGGAGCUGAGGAGAUCAUGAACCCACCGUCGUCGAAGAGAUUAAAGCUCAACGAUAGUGAAAACGAAGAUAGACUCAGUGACUUACAUGACUAUAUUAUCCUCCACAUACUGUCUUUUCUGAACGCUAAAGACGCGGUUGGAACUUGCAUUUUGUCCCCAAGAUACAAGGAUCUCUGGAAACAACUUCCAAAUCUUACAUUGUGUUCCUAUGACUUUCGAACUUUCAAGAUAUUCACCAACUUUGUGUCUAAGGUUUUAUCUCUUCGUGAUUCCUCUAUCGCACUCCACGCUCUAGAAUAUUCCAAGAGUGGUUGCAUUGAGCCUCGCCAACUCAAAAAGGUUGUGAAUUAUGCUAUUUCACACAAUGUCCAAGAGUUAAAACUAUCUUAUCUGUGUGACAUUGAACUAAUUUCCAAUAGCAUCUUUUCAUGCAAGACUUUAACAUGUCUUAAGCUCUAUGCUUACCCUAGAACAGAUAUUAAGGAAAAAACAUUGUUUCCAAAAUCUCUCAAUUUGCCAGCAUUAACUAUCUUGCAUCUAGGGAAUUUCGCCUUUUGUCCCAGUGAUAAUAAUCCACAGGUCGAACCAUUUUCAACCUUUAAACGGUUGAAUAGUUUGGUCCUUUACAAUUGUGCUUUGAAGGAUGCAGUAACCCUUUGCAUAUCAAGUGCCACACUAGUCAAUUUUACAGUGCGUAGUUACUCCUAUGAUUAUUACAAAAUCGAGCUCUGCGCUCCAUGUCUUGGUACAUUUGCUUUCAUUGGUAAACCAUUUCAGAAAUUAUCUGGGAGCAGUCUUUCUUAUGUCAAGCAUGUAGAUAUUGAUGCAGAGAUUCUGUCAAUGGAAAUGGAGCCUCCACUGUUUCUACUAAACUGGUUGUUUAAGCUCACUAAUACAAAAUCAUUGACAGUCACCGCAAGUACUCUUCAGAUCAAGCUCCCGUCCUUAGGUAACUUGAAGUCAUUGAAAGUGAAAAGGGAACCACUUGCAUAUAGGUUUCGCAAGAUGCUGAUGGAGGCCAAGUUACAGGAAAUUAAGUCGCGGAAAGAAGCUGCAAAGUUAAGAAAAUCGUUUAAAGCAGGAUUGGAACCAUCUGCACCCAUACCCGAUGGAAUAAUUAACUUCUUGCUUCAAAAUUCGCCAUCGGCACAAGUUUACAUGGUAGAUUGCUGA